AUGCCAUCAGUUAAGAUUGUUGUAUUAGGUCCUCCUUGUGUUGGUAAAACAGCUGUAACCAUUCGUCUUGUAAAUCAUGUUUUUCAACAACAAUAUGAUCCUACAAUUGAAGAUUGUUUUAGAACAACUAGAAAUCUUGAUGGGACUGAAGUUUGUUUAGAUAUAUUAGAUACUGCUGGUCAAGAUGAGUUUGUAAGUGUUAAACAACAAUAUAUGGUAGUAGGAAAUGGGUUUCUAAUAGUUUAUUCUAUUAUUUCUAAACAAUCGUUUGUUGAAUGCCAAAGCACAGUUGAAAUGUUAUUAAGAAUAAGAGACCUUACAGUCCCUUGGACGUUAAUUGGUAAUAAAAUUGAUCUUAAAGAAAAUAGGGAAGUUACUCAAGAAGAAGCUUUGGAGUAUGCUAAACAAAAAGGUGCAAUUGGUUUUCUUGAAACAUCUGCUAAAUCAAAUAUUAAUAUCGAACAUGCAUUCAUUUCACUUGCAAAACAAAUUUUGAAAGUAAGAGGUCAACUAGAAAAUCAAUCAACUAAAGAUAAGAAGUGUUUUAUAUUGUAA